AGACACCUUCCUGCGCAGCCUGGCGGCCACGCAGUGGGAGAAGAAGAGGAGGAGCAAACACAUCAGCCAGGACCGCCUGACCUCGGCUGAUGAUGUCAUAACCACGAGCCCACAGCCCGCGGACGAGAGCGCCGGGGGUGGUGGCGUCCCGCGUGAAGAGCUGUCCCGUCAGGUCUCGUCCUCUGGCAGUUUGGACACAAACGCACGCUCCGACUCCCACAAUGACCCAGCAUCGUCUCUGCAGCGUCCGUGCAGCACUCUGUCCAGUGACAGGAAGUUCCUACUGGACAUGCUCUACUCUAAGACGUCCAACCCGGCUGCUGCUGCCGACCCCAUCGAGGAAGAAACAAACUUCCAGCCCGGUGGAGACGUGGCCGGUUGGGGUCUCGUGUCGGAGCGUCUGUCCGACAUCAGAGCGCGCUCAGGAGAGCCGAGCGGCGCCGCUGAGGGCAGCGCCUCCCGCAGGGCGGAGCUGGAAGGACUGGAGGGCUCGGCCCAGGCAGCGCUGGCCCGCCUCCAGGAGGAACAACAGAGCCGUAAGCUACGUCAGCAGAGCAGCAUCGACGCCGAGGGCCACGCUCGCCGCCUGGAGACCACGCCGAUGACGCCGAUGACGCCGGCGGGCCCCGGCAACGCCGCUGCUGUUGCCGGGGGCGACGCCUGGGAGCAGCUGGCGCCGAGCGCCGCCGCGCUGCGAAUCAAAGACCUGGACUUCUCCGACCUGCUGGACGACGAAGACAUCGACGUGUUGGACAACAUGGACGCCUUUGACUCUUCUUCUUCUUCCGUCCUCACCGUCUCUCGGCAUCCCCCACCUCUCCCUCCCUCUCCCGGCCGGCCCCUUCCUCCUCCUCCCUUUUCCUUAGCCCGCCUCCGGCCCUACACUCGGGCCCCGGGCCGCGCUCAGCGUUCGCCGCAGCAGAAGAAGAAGACCGUGAAGCUGUUCUGGAAGGAGCUGAAGCAGAACGACGCGGCGCCGCCAAAGUGCCGCUUCGGCCGAGGCACCGUUUGGGCGUCUCUGGACAAGGUUGCCGUGGAUACGUCCCGCCUCGAACACCUGUUUGAGUCCAAAGCCAAGGAGCUGGUCAUCGCCAAGAAAGGACCGGAGACGAAGAAGGCGGAGCUUCUGGUUCUGGACUCGAAGCGGAGCAACGCCAUCAACAUCGGCAUGACGGUGCUGCCGGCCGUGCAUGUUAUCAAGACCGCCAUCCUCAACUACGACGAGUUCGCCAUCAGCAAGGAGGGCAUCGAGAAGAUCCUGACCAUGACCCCCACAGACGAGGAGAAGCAGAAGAUCCAGGAAGCUCAGCUGGCCAAUCCCGACGUUCCUCUGGGAACAGCGGAGCAGUUCCUGUUCAGCCUGGCCUCCAUCAGCGCCCUGACCCCCCGCCUGCAGCUCUGGGCCUUCAAGCUCAACUACGAGGCUCUGGAGAAGGAGAUCGCCGAGCCGCUGUUUGACCUGAAGCUGGGCAUGGAGCAGCUGGCGUCCAAUCAGACGUUCAGGAGAAUCCUGGCCACGCUGCUCGCCAUCGGAAACUUCCUCAACAGCUCCAACAACCGGCCUGAGGGCUCCCCAUGUGGUCCUGGGGGGCUCCCUGCUUUACACCAUCUCAGCAGUGAUACAGACUCUCUGUUACUCUGUUCUUACUCACACCUCACUACGUGCCGGCCUUUGUAUCGCCCACUUCUUCUGCUCUGUGUGUAGCCUUUUGUGUUCUGUGUUCUUGGACUGUAUUUGAAUGUGAAACUAUUUGUUGUCGUGCACGCCUACGCUUCUCUUGGCCAAGUUGUCGUUGCAAAUGAGAACCUGUUCUCA